UCCAGAAGAGAACGGAUCCGCCCUUGGAAGACCCCACGCGAUCGAGAUCUGGUUCAGAUGCCCAAGUCACGUCACAUUAAGGAAGUCUCUCACGGUUCGGUUGGAAAAACAUCAGGAAGUUCCGCGUGGUGUUUGGUUAACGGCCAAGCCCCCGAUUUACCUCAGCGCUGACAAACCUUUUUCACAUCUGCUCAUCGAUCCCUCUCGUCUCGGAGACUCAUCACACCACGCUAGCUUUCUUAUUCGCACCCCUUUUCCAGCACACGAAGCAUCCCUUGUCCACGCUUGGCUAGGAAAAUUGAUGUCAGUCACCCGGUCGUUCUUCAGCAGUGUGGACCAAACUAGGGUCAAGGUCGGCCGAGAAGUCGAUCAUUCACUAGUAGUGAGCUAGUGAAAAUUGGGGAAGACGAUCGGAGAUCGACAAUAUAUAUCGAACAGUAAUACCGAUAUCUGGAGAAAGGUUAGGUUGUGAUCGGAUAUCGGAGACUUGUGAUUAGGUUCGAGUAAGGUAAGUGGACGAGUUGGAAAGAAAUAAACGCCAAAAGUCGGAGAUCGGAGAAAGGGGAUAUCGGUCGAAGAGCUGGGUAUAUAAACUAAGGACCAGAACGGACGACAUACGUCAAGAGAUAUCUCCUGUUCGGCCAUUCACUUGUUUUCGGGACACAGACAACAAGCAAGCAAGCAAGCAAGCAAGGAAACAAACAAACAAACAAACAAACAAACUGCCAGCAAGAACAACACAAUGGGUGUCAACAAAAUCACUCACGUUGCGGGUACCGGGCCACAACCAGAAGCUGGCCAGACCGUGGUUAUCGAGUAUACUGGUUGGCUGAAGGACUCGAGCCAGGCCGAUGGAAAGGGAGCCGAAUUCGACAGCUCGAUCGGUCGUGGGGAUUUUGUCACGCAAAUCGGGGUUGGGAGACUCAUCAGAGGAUGGGAUGAGGCUGUAUUGAAAAUGAAGGUUGGCGAGAAAGCCACUUUGGAUAUUUCUAGUGAUUACGGAUACGGAGAGCGGGGUUUUCACGGCCACAUUCCUCCGAACGCAGAUUUGAUCUUUGACGUAUAUCUCAAGGGUCUCCAGUAGCUGGGCGGUUCACUGAUCUCGGGAAAAGGAGACGAGGUCCUUAGUUCAACGCCUCCAACGAGCCAAAGUAGGGACCGCUGGGCAAGAAACCACUGGAACUUGAAGUUCUUUUGGGAAGAUAGAUUUUAUGUCGGUGAUGGCGAUGACGAAAACACAGAUGGUUGGUGUUUACGUUGCGAGGAACCUUGAUGGGUAAAGACGAGGAAUUAAUUGAAUGACGGGAGGUUGAAGCGAUACAGGGAAGGUUGAAGUACCCGCGCAGCUAUGUUAAUAUGGAGAAGUACCUACAAGCGCCUCAUUGAAUGUGAUUGGCUC